AUGUACGAACACUUCCUCUUCUCCUUCCAGGCGCUGCGCCAUGGAGACAACAUUACGACUGUUUGGAACGACAUGAUCAAAGCUGGACACAAGCCGACGACGAGGACAUAUACCAUCAUGAUGAAGGGGAAUCAGACCAUGCGGGACCUCGACACCAUGGAGGCAUUCUGGGAAAUGAUGCGGCAGGCUGGGCUCCAGCCGGACGGCUAUGCGUGGAGCACGAAGAUCUUUGGCUUGCUGAAGAGCAAGAAGAGUCAACACUUGAAGCUGGGUAUGGCGGCGCUGGAGCAGAUGGGACAGGAGUGGGUGACGGCAGCGACGCAGGCGUAUCAUGGCACGUCAAAGCGAGGAGGGAAGAAGGGCAGCCAAACGCCAGCGACCCCAACGCGAGUCGAUCGACAAGAACUUCUGACGAGGUUCCCGGAGGAGCAUGUAAAUGGGAUUCCUCGCCCCAACGCGGUGAUCAUGAACGCGGCAAUCAUGGCGCUGGCUGCAUCGCGCGAUUCUCUGAUCUCCCAGGCGCUUCAGUGGGGUCGUUCUUUCGGGAUCGAGCCGGAUCUCAAGACAUACAAUGCUCUCAUCAACGUGUCGAUGCGCCACGGGUCCGCGGACGAAGCCAUGAGCAUUCUCAAGAAAAUGAAGGAAAGGGGCAUCCAAGCCGACAGCACCACCAUGACCGUGAUGACGUCUGCCAUGUUCGAAGGCGGCAUCUUCGACGGUUUGGACGCCGAGGAAGUCGGAGAGCGGGUUGUGAGUCUUAUGCGGGAAGUCGACCAGUUCUCCGAGGGCGGAAUGGACGAAAAGGGCUACGCGCUCAUCAUGGACCGCUUGCUAAAGCGGUACAACAACCAUGCCGCCGCGCAGCAAGUCCUCGAACACAUGCUCGCCCGCGGCCUGAAGCCGAACGCCGAAAUGUACACCAUCAUCAUGACGUCUUACUUCCAACAGUCGCCGCUCAAUUUCGCAGCCAUGGAGAGUCUCUGGUCUCGCAUCCGCAGUGAGAAUUCAGGCUACGGCGCCCUGCUGGACAACACCUUCUACGACCGCAUGAUAGAGCUGUCGGCCCAGCAUCAUUCCGUUAUCGGCACCAAGCAAAUGGUGAGCUUCAUGGAGGCGAUGGAGAAGGAUGGGAAGAGGCCUUCUUGGCGGGCAUUGGAGGCCGCUGCGAGAGCGCUGGACGAGGCGGGCGAGCGGGAUCGGCUGGCGUUGUUGGUGGAUCGGGCGAAGCGGCUGCGAGAAGACGUGCCGGAUUCCAAGCAAGCGUAUGGCGUGCGAGCGUUUUGGGAUUUCAUUGCAUCGACUCAUCUCGGGGGUAGCGUGGCGUAG